AUGGCCAUGGCGACAUCGGGCAACCAAAUCAAACGACCUGCCUCGUCACAAGACCAUAAUGAGCCGAAGCGUUUGAAACGUCACUACCAUCACCACCACUGUUUGCAAGCGCCUGUGCUGCUGCCGUCCACGGCCGAGCCAGCUGUACAAGAUGAAGCCCAUAUCAGCCAAUUGUUGACUCGGGUCGUGGGUCAGACAUUGAAAGAUACGGGCUUUGACGUGGCUGAGCCAGCUGCGCUGUCAAGUAUCUGCAGCGCUACAGAGGAGUACAUGCUUCGAGUCUCCACAUUCAUCCGCCAAUCUAUGCUAUCAUCACGCCGUACUCAACCUAUUCCGCAAGAUUUCGAACAUGCUUUGAAGCGUUCACGUAUCCAGCCUCACAAACUUCUUCCUCUCCUCGAACCUACAUCAUCAAAUGCACCCGUUCCUUCAUUACUACCAUCGCCUCCACCAGAGAAUGAGAUUACGAAGACUUUACCAUUCCUCACGGCGCUGAGCAGUGAGGACGACCGUGCAACUCGCGCUUACAUACCGACACAUCUUCCCAGCUUUCCUAGCAAACACACUUAUUCCGCCACGGCGGUCUUCGUUGAACGAGAUGGCGAUCCGCGCAAAAUUCGUGAGCGUGCGGCCGAAGAUGGAAGACACGGUGAAGAGGCUUUGCGCAAGUUGGCUAGCGCCGCAUUCCGCGAUAACCAAACCAGCGCGUCAGGUCGCGAUAGGAAACUUUGGGGUCGGAGGAUGGACAGCAUGGAGACCAUGUUCGAAAAGACAACGAAGGGACUGGCUAAGAAGCUUGGCAAAGAUUCCUACGGCUCAUCAGCCGGGUUGAUUAAUUCGGCGAUGGAGAUUGACUCGGGAACGGCGGAUGCGGACACCAAGGCCCGGCUCAAGCUCUCGUGGAACAUGGAAUUGGGACCUAUUGUCAAUUGUGAACGAGAUUUGUGGCGCCGAGCAGCUUCAAAUGCGCGACGAACGGAAGAGAAUACUCCCAAGCCUGCUUCUAGUGCUGAGCCAGUGGAGUUGACGACUGGCAUGUAA